GCGGCCGCCCGGGCCGGAGCGGGGCAGUGCGGUGCCGUCCCUGCCUCCUUCCGCCUCCCUCCGCCCCGCCGGCGCCGAGGCCCCUUCCGCGGUGACGGAGCUCGGGAGACCCAGGUGCUUCAGAUGAGCUCCAGCUUUCUGUGUUUUCAGUUAGUUUCAUUUGAACUGAUAUUCAAUGGCUAGAAACAAGAGGUGACAAGUGGCUGAAAUGAAUAUGACUACUAUUCUACAAGAGAUCUUGAUUAAAAGGUCGCAGCAGAAGAAGAGGACUUCUCCCUUAAACUACAAAGAGAGGCUUUUUGUACUUACAAAGUCUAUGUUAACGUAUUAUGAAGGUCGAGCAGAGAAAAAGUACAGAAAAGGAUCUGUGGAUAUUUCAAGGAUUAAAUGUGUAGAAGUUGUAAAAAAUGAUGGUAUUAUUCCCUGUCAAAAUAAAUACCCAUUUCAGGUUGUAUAUGAUGCUAAUACACUUUAUAUUUUUGCACCAAGUCCACAAAGCCGGGAUCAGUGGGUGAGGAAUCUGAAAGAAGGAAUAAAGAACAACAGCAAUAUAAUGGUAAAAUAUCAUCCUAAAUUCUGGACAGAGGGAAUUUAUCAGUGCUGCAGACAGACAGAAAAAUUAGCGCCUGGCUGUGAAAGAUAUAAUCUUUUUGAAAACAGUGUAGUGACACUCCCUUCUCCAAUGCCAGAAAAAAAUACGCGAAGGCCGCCACCGCCUGUUCCUCCAGCUGAGGAAAAUGACAGUGAAGAGGAGGAGAUAGUGGUGGCAAUGUAUGACUUCCAGCCUACAGAACGUCAUGAUUUAAGAUUAGACAAAGGUGAAGAAUAUACAGUAAUUGAGAAGAAUGACAUUCACUGGUGGAAGGCAAGAGACAAAUAUGGACAUGAAGGAUAUAUCCCAAGCAACUAUGUAACAGGAAAGAAGUCCAACAACCUGGAUCAAUAUGAGUGGUACAGCAGGAACCUCAACCGGAGCAAGGCGGAGCAGCUCCUCAGAAAUGAGGAUAAAGAAGGUGGUUUUGUGGUGAGAGACUCAAGUCAGCCUGGCCUGUAUACAGUUUCCCUUUAUACAAAAUUUGGAGGAGAAGGCUCAUCAGGAAUAAGACACUACCAUAUAAAAGAAACAGUGACAUCACCGAAGCAGUACUACCUCGCAGAAAAACAUCUCUUUAACUCCAUUCCAGAAAUAAUUGAGUAUCACAAACAUAAUGCAGCAGGUCUUGUUACGAGGCUGCGCUACCCAGUGACCCCGAAGAAGACAACGGCACCAACAACUGCAGGAUUCAGCUAUGAGAAAUGGGAAAUUAAUCCCUCGGAGCUGACUUUCAUGAGAGAACUGGGGAGCGGUCUAUUUGGAGUAGUGCGCCUUGGGAAAUGGAGGGCACAGUACAAAGUGGCCAUCAAAGCAAUUCGGGAAGGUGCGAUGUACGAAGAAGACUUCAUUGAAGAAGCCAAAGUGAUGAUGAAACUAACACAUCCUAAAUUAGUUCAGCUGUAUGGUGUGUGCACACAGCAGAGACCUAUUUACAUCGUGACAGAGUUCAUGGAGCAUGGAUGCCUUCUGAAUUACCUGAGACAAAAACGUGGAGUUUUGAGUAAAGACGUCCUUCUCACAAUGUGCCAAGAUGUAUGUGAGGGAAUGGAGUACCUGGAGAGAAACAGCUUUAUCCACAGAGACCUGGCUGCCAGGAACUGCUUGGUGAAUGAUUCAGGAGUGGUCAAAGUGUCUGAUUUUGGAAUGACAAGGUAUGUCCUUGAUGAUCAAUACACAAGCUCCUCGGGGGCUAAAUUUCCUGUGAAAUGGUGCCCCCCAGAAGUUUUUAAUUAUAGCCGAUUCAGCAGCAAGUCAGAUGUCUGGUCAUUCGGUGUUUUAAUGUGGGAAGUGUUUACGGAAGGAAAAAUGCCCUUUGAAAAAAGCUCCAACUAUGAAGUGGUAACUAUGGUUAGCCAAGGACAUCGUUUAUAUCGGCCCAAACUGGCCUGUAAGCAGGUGUAUGAAGUCAUGAUGAUGUGCUGGCAGGAGAAACCAGAGGGACGCCCAACUUUUGAAGACUUGCUCCACAUAAUCGUUGACAUUGCAGAAAAUGAAGAUGCUUUCUGAAAAAAGACAACAUCAGCACAAGUGUAGAGAAGAAAUCACUUUCGAGAGAUGUGGCUUCAUCAUUUCUUUUUAAAGGCUUGGUCCUGUAGGCUGCUGGAUGCUGCUAAAUGGUGUGGGGAACCCAUAACAUUUGAUUCACUUCAUAUCUUCAGCAAUACUGGCAGUAUUUCCACUGAAAACUCAGCACUGCAUAGCCAAAAAAGUGUGCUGUUUAUGGAGAAAGAAAGAGAAUAUGACCAAAGCCCAGGAGCUUAAUUUGCAUUUACUGGGUUGGAUUCACGUAUGUACAGUCCAUGUUUCUGAGUUUCUCUUUACACAGGCAGUAGUAGUAGUAGUAGUGAUUUGCAUGCUUAAAAAUUGAAGGUAUCUUUAAAUGGCUACUUACUGACAUUCAAACGUUUCUAGAGACUCUCCAGAAACAUUAUUUUUCUCAGUUGAUGGGUGUUUUAUGAUGCACCAAGAACACAAAAUGUGCCUCUUUCAUUUGCACAUGGUAGGUUGUUAACAGCAGUUUCAGUUCAGUGUAACACUCCAAAGAAGAUUUGCUUCAGGACUGAGCCAUGAUAUGCCCCAAGCCAUUCUAGGCUGUUUGGUCCACUGGAGAUCUUGCAAGUUUAGUCAUUAUUCAUGAAAAAUCAGUCCAAUAUUCAGCACAACUGGCUGUCAGUGUACCAUAGUACCUUGUUUUGGAUUAAUUAUAAAAUAAUUUAUAUGCUGUAUGUAUUGUAAAUAUAUAAAUUCCAUGCGUUUAUUUAUAUAAACUGUGUGUUUUUCUCUUGAAAUUUUCAAACAAAUUUGUCCUACCUUGUCUUACAUACAACUGAAUACAUGGGUUUGUAAGUGAGGGAAAAUACACUCUCAGGUGUGUUAAAGGAGGGCUUGUCUUUGUCUGUCAUAUAUACGUACAGGGAUCUAACCUUUAUGUUUUUAACAGAAAAUGUCAUACUACAUGUGCGUGUAAAUAAAAUGAAUGUUAACUGUGGUUUGGAACAAUGUGUAAUGCGUUGCCAUUAAUUUACUGUCAGGACAGUGCAUUGUAAGCCAAACUUAUUGU